GGUGUAGAGCGCAGGCUGCACGGUGACGGGAGGCAGAGACUGUACAUCACGGGCUUUUUUAUAUUUCGUAUGAGCACAACGCAUUGAUUUACAAAGAUGUGGAAGGGUAUAGGGAAACUGCUGCUUUUACAUAUGAUACUCGCGGGCUUCCUGCUUGUGAACGGUACUCAGCCGGAGUGUGAAAGCGGUCAGUUUCAGUGCAGGAACGGCAGGUGUAUUCCGACUCCAUGGAGAUGUGAUGAUGACGACGACUGCUCGGACAACAGCGACGAGGAAAACUGCCCCAAAAAGACGUGUGCCACGACAGAUUUUGCUUGUAAGAACGGACAGUGCGUCCCAGCCCGCUGGAGAUGUGAUGGAGAACCUGAGUGUCCAGAUGGUUCAGAUGAAGCAGAAUCCACCUGCUCCGGACGACAGACGUGUCCACCAGAGAAGUUUGACUGUGGUGGUUCGACAAGCAAGUGCGUAUCGAUGUCAUGGCGCUGUGAUGGUGAAAGGGACUGUGAAAAUGGAGCGGAUGAGGAGCAGUGUGCUGCAGACGCAAAGGCCUGCCCCCCAAAAGAGUUUAAGUGUCGCAACCAUAUGUGCGUGGCUCCCACGUUCGUCUGUGAUGGAGAUGACGACUGUGGUGAUGGAAGCGAUGAGGAGAGUUGCACGCCGGCCACCAGCAGCAGCACCUGCGCUCCGCUCGAAUUCCGCUGCAACGACUCUGAGUGUAUCCCAGCCCUGUGGAGCUGCGAUGGAGAUCCCGACUGCCGAGAUAAAUCUGACGAAUCUAUUGAGCGUUGCAGCCGCAGGACAGAACCACAAAAGCCGCGUUGCCCCGCAGGGGAAUUCCAGUGCAGGAGCGGAGAAUGCAUCCACUUUAACUGGAAAUGUGACGGAGACGCAGACUGCAAGGACAAAUCGGAUGAGGCCAACUGUCCUCUUCUGACCUGCCGUCCAGAUGAAUUCCAGUGUGGCGAUGGCUCCUGCAUUCACGGCACUAAACAGUGCAACAAAGUGCACGACUGUCCAGAUUUCAGUGAUGAGGCUGGAUGCAUUAAUAGAACCACAAAAUGUGACGGUCCGAUGAAGUUCCUGUGUAAAAGCGGCGAGUGCAUCGAAAGCAGUAAAGUGUGCGACAAUAUCAAGGAUUGCAAGGACUGGUCCGAUGAGCCCAUGAAGGACUGUGGUCUGAAUGAAUGUGCCAGUAACAAUGGCGGCUGCUCUCACAUAUGUAAGGACCGGAAGAUCGGCUACGAGUGCGAAUGCCCCUCGGGAUACAAACUACUGGACAAGAAGACUUGUGGAGACAUAAACGAAUGCGAAAACCCUGAUGCCUGCAGUCAAAUAUGUAUCAACCUCAAAGGCGACUACAAAUGUGAAUGUUACGAGGGCUAUGAGAUGGACCCGGUUAGCAAGACCUGCAAAGCAGAAGGGAAGAGCCCUUACCUCAUGUUUACUAACCGUCACGAGAUCCGCCGCCUUGACCUGGUAAAGAAGGACUACACCCAAGUAGUGCCGACCCUAAAAAAUGCUGUGGCCCUUGAUGUUGACGUUACCACUAACACAAUGUACUGGUGUGACCUCUACCAUCGCAAGAUCUUCAGUGCAUUCAUCAACAAAGCAAGUGAUUCGUCUCAACAGAUCACACUGGUAGAUGCAGCGCUUCAUUCCCCGGAGGGAUUAGCAGUUGACUGGGUCCAUAAAAAUAUCUACUGGACCGACUCUGGACACAAGACUAUUUCUGUAGCUACUGGUGAUGGCAAGAAGAGGAAAGUGUUGAUUGACACAGAGCUCGGUGAACCACGUGCCAUCGCUCUUGACCCAAGACAAGGGUUCAUGUACUGGUCAGAUUGGGGAACGCAAGCUAAGAUCGAGAAAGCCGGAAUGAACGGGGUGGAUCGGCAAGUUCUGGUCUCAGAGAGGAUCGAAUGGCCCAAUGGGAUCGCUCUUGAUCUGUCUAGUAGAAGACUCUACUGGGUAGACUCCAAACUUCAUCUUAUCUCCAGUGUGGAUCUGAAUGGAGACAACCGUAGGGUUUUGCUGGCCUCCAUGGAUCAUCUAGGCCAUCCCUUUGCUCUAACUCUGUUUGAGGACCGGGUUUACUGGACAGACUUGGAGGAUGAGGCCAUCUACAGCGCCAACCGGCUAACAGGGAAUGAUGUGGCUAUGCUGGCUCAGCAUCUUAACAACCCACUUGAUGUGGUGGUGUUCCACGAGCUCAAGCAACCUUCAGCUCCAGACACCUGUAACAUUGGGAGUCUGCCCAAUGGCGGCUGUGAAUAUCUUUGCCUCAGAGCCCCUCAAAUCACAGACCAUUCACCCAAGUACACGUGUGCCUGCCCGGACACCAUGGAGCUCGGCAGGGAUAUGCGCCGCUGCGUGACAGUCAAACCUAAGACAACAACUGCUGCCAGUACAACAACAUCAACAACGCCACAAUCAUCCACUACUACUACAACUAUCACAACUACUACACCUUCAACCACCAUUUCUACUACAAGUGCCACAUCUUCACCUACCAGUACAACUUUACAGACUACAUCAACCACAGUAACAACUACAACCACUCACGUUCCCAUGACAACCACCACCAACUCAAGCAAUACCACUUAUUAUAGCACACGUCAUCCCAACACAACACACUCCACGGCCACAUCUACCACAGGGACCACUCAGCCCAGCACUACAUCACCAUGGAGACAGACAACAUCGAACCAGACAACGGCAAACUUCAGACAGACAUCAACAACCAUCGCUCACGGCAACAGUGUACAAGAGGCCAAUGGCAACCUCUCUCACCGCGCUGGAACUGGAAGUGAUCACUUUUUCCUUGGUAGCAAUAUAACCGUUGCAGUUCUGGGCAUUGUCAUUCCCAUAGUUCCUAUCCUUGCCACAGUGGUCAUCGGUCUGCUGUGUACCGGAGGAUACCUGGUGUGGCGCAACUGGAGGAGAAGAAACACCAAGAGCAUGAACUUCGACAACCCUGUUUACCGCAAGACCACGGAGGACGACGACGACGAGAUCCACAUCGGCCGCAGCGAGCAGAUUGGCCACGUCUACCCUGCUGUGAGUGGCAGUGCCAGACAGCCAUACCUAGCACUGCCACUGGGGGGCAGUAUCCCUGACCAGGCAGCUCAUUGGUACACAACGACACCUAUGCUAUCCAGUGCAAAGUGAACAAAGGGAGUCGAUCAAUUGGAUAGUGAUGAAAGGAGGGCGGGGCUAAGACUAAGCUCAUCAGACAUGGCUCGUCGUGCGAUUAGGAGAGAGAUUGGCCUUACACUGUCUCUUGUGUCAUACACACAAUGAAUCCACCCAUUCACCACCUCCUUUACAUUAUAUUUAAAUGUUUUAUUCACAUGUAUGUUUAAUAGUCGUUUUCGCUUCCAUAGUCUUUGCGUUGUGUGUCAAGCGUUAAAUGCGCUCCAUGUUUGAAAACUUCGAAAUAGCGCUCACCCAUUAUUCCACGGUUAUUUUUAAUAUACUUUCUUUAGCAAUGAGCACCUUAUACGGCUGGACAAUCUUAUAGCGUAUUGUCAUUAAUUUAAUUAUUCAGGUGAAGUAAAGAUUUAUUCAUGGGUUUUAGUUACUGUAAGCGUAGGCUGAAAUGGUAAACAUGGAGGUAAAGUUGUUGAGAGCAGUUGGGCAGAUGUUGAAUGUUGAAGCUGAGGUUCCUGUGCUACUGUAUAGUCGACAUGUCAAGCACAAGCAGAUAUAGAGACAUCAGCUGUGUAACAGAAGUGUGGCGGGUCGCCCCAGUGGCACAACAGGAUUCUCUCCAAUGGCACACACAUCACACUCUUCAGUGUGUGUCUGUGUAAGUGAGAAGCAUAUUGGAUGUUUCUCAAUCCCUCUCUGCAGGAAAAAAUACCUUAAACCAGUCUAAACUUUUUUUUUGUGGUCUUAAUGGGAUAGUUCACCAAAAAUGAAAAUUCUGCCAUAAUUUACUCACUCUCAAGUUGGUACAAACCUGUAUAAAUGUAUUUGUUUUGAUGAACACAAAGGAAGAUAUUCUGAGCAAUGUUUGUAAGAAAUCAAGAGCACAUUUAAUAAUAUUAUCCUUUGUGUUCAGAACAAAAUAGUGGGUAAAUAAUGACAGAAUUGUAAUUUUUGGGUAAACUAUCACUUUUAAAGGCCGAUUUAUAGUCGUGCGUAAGCUUUAUGCCGUAGCUACACCAUAGGUUAUCUGUAGCCUGUGGAUAGCUCUGAGUAGCCUGACAUGCACCACGCAAAAUUUUUAACAGCGCGUCAGUUCUACGCGGAUCGCAAGCGCUGCGAUUGGUCCACCUGGACCCCUCCCGUCAGGUUAAAAAAACUGUGUCAUAGAUACUUUCGUUUGCAAUGGUGAAAACAAAGAGGAGCCAAGUUGAGGAGUGAUUUAACUCAAACUCCAACAAAAGUCGCUGUUUAUGAACUUCCAUCAUUGCAGGUCUUCUCAAAUCAUACACAACAAGUUGCUGUUUCUUCUUCGGUUGUGGGUUAACUUGCCAAGCUGAUUCUUCACUGACUGUCGCGCUGCUACUGUGGUUACAACGCGACAACGCAAAAGUAUAAAUGAAAACCGAAGCCGAACCUACGUCGUAGGACCUACACACAACUAUAACGAGCCCUUCAAUUUGUAUAGUUGACCUCCUGGCCUGGCCAAUCAAGCUUAGACUGGUUUAAGUAGUUUUUUAGCAGUGCCUUAUCUUCCUUUAAUGGUUUUCUUUCUCUCUGUUUUUUUCUUAUACUCCUUUGUUCUUCAUAUGAAGAGCUCAGAUGCAAAAUGCCACCUUUGUAAAAAAAAAUGCAAUAAUGAUAUUGACAGAAUCCUCUGGGCACAUAUUAUACGUCUAUCAAUUACUUUCGCUUCAAAUCGGUUUAAUCCAGACCUCAGGACAUUCUGAAAUACCAGCUUGUUGGCAAGAAUCUGUUAAAUGCCACAACAAUUUUUCAGCAAAGUCCUUUAGGUGCAUGGAAUAUGGAUUCGAUAAAAAGCGGCACGCGUACGUCGACCUGCAAGUUUUUUUUUUUACUUUGUUAAAGAAGGUUUACUGAAUAAAAAAAGGAUAUUAACCGAAGCCUUUUACCUAAUCAGAAAGAACAGUGAAGAUUGACUGGAGAUUUUUUUAGAAAUUGACAACAAUGCAGUAUAAGAAGAAUGGGUUUCAUUCACUGAGGCAAAUUUGUGCGUGAGAUGUGCAUAUUCACAAACAAAUCAUGAUUCAACAAAAACUUCCGUCUUAAUUUUUUUUUUCAAAAUGUAAGCAAAAAUUCAAGAAAACCUAAAACCACUUUUAAGCAAUAGUCGCGUAUGUAAGGAAUAAUUGACGACGGGCCAUUUAAUUAUAAGAAAAUAAUGCACACCCAAGGUGCAAUGCGGCACGACGCGAAGCUGAGUGUGCAUUAUUUUCAAAUGAUUCAAAGGACCGGAGUCAAUUAUACCACGGUUACCACAAACAUUGCUCUGGUGCCUAUUUAAGACAUUUGACAAGUUAUGUGUGCGGUUAUCAGAAAUUAAUGCAUACCCACAGAACAUUUCUCAGCCAAUCAGAAUACAGCAUUCAAAAGACCCGUGGUAUAAGCUAUAAUAAAAUACCAGACUAUAAUUAUAAUGUUUAUAAUAAUGUUGAUAUAUAAAAUGUCCAUGAUUAUAUUUUAUAUUAUAAUAUUUUCUUUAUUAUAUAUGAUUAUACAUGAUCUAUAUUAUUAUUAUUAUUAUAUACAUUAUAUUACACAUUAUUAUAGCCUACUUAUUUUUUUCCACACAAAUAAAGAAGAUGCACGUAAUGACAAAUCUUCCCGCUUACCUUCCUCACUUUUUAAAUCUCUAUAUGCAAGUGUCUGCUUAAUGUCUAAUGUAAACUUCAUGUAAAUGUAAUAAGAAGUCCAAACGUCAAUCACUUGAUCUCCUGUUUGUUUUAUUUUAGAUACAGAUGCGCUUUUCUGUCAUAUUAAUUAAAUGUCAUAUUAGUUAACGCAUCCAAUAUGUUACUCCGGUCGGUGGACAGCACCGGCUUCCUCCAGCAACAGCAAAACCUCCCAAAUAAAAAAUGCAAAACGGAACUUUACCGAUAAUAAAUAUGAUCAUGGAUUUCAUUUCGAGCUCUAUUGCUUCUAUGACAAACUGCUCAAAAAUUUUCUGUGGACCAGCGCUGCGGAAAGCCCUUAUAUGGAGCUGGUUUGGCCGUGUUUUAUGCGAAUUACCAACCAAAGUCAUGUGCAUAUGCACGUGUUGUGAUUCGUGAAUUUGGCAGAAAGUUUUUUUGAGAAGUUUAAGGCCUAGUCCACACAGACACGGGUAUUUUUAUAAUCCUCCUGCAGUUUAAAAAAAAUGCUUGGUUUAAAACAAAUCUCCGCUUACAUGAAAUGAACACGCAAAAACACGUGAUCGCGCGCUGUCAAGAGCAUGCCACACCGGCAGGCGGUGAUAUAACUCAAGCCUUACAAAAGUGACAUCGCAAGCCAAAAACCCCGGUUUUACUGUCUACACGACAACACCGCAACCGGCGUUUCUUAAUAUACUCACCCUGGCAGGGGUUUUCAAAAAUUUUCGGUUUCAGUGACGUCAUACUGCGUUUCCGUGUGGAGGAAUGGCCGAACCUCAUAAAAAAAGGCACGAUUAUAAAAAUACCCGUGUCCGUUUGGACAAGGCCUAAGUGUGCGUGUAAAUUGGUGAAUGAGACCCAAUGAUUUGGGCAUGCCUGAAUUUAAUUAAUUUAAUUUAAUUUAAAAGAGUCAUCUACCCACAUAAUUUGUAGUAGGCUAAAUUGAUAAAAUAAUGUCUAUUUUUAUAAAAAACCUUGUGCUGCACACUUUAUAUAUACAGUGGGUUCACAUAGUUUAAAGGGGUGUGCAGCGAAAGACAGUCAAAUAUAAAUACUAAUGAAAUGACAUUUUUGAAAAUAAGGCAUUUCAAUCACUAACUACUGUAAUAGCAUUGCCAUUAAAGUGAACUUAGUGAACAUAUACAAGAGAAUCUGAUAAAAUGCCCAUUUACAACAUGUCAGACGCACUUAAAGUGUUUUGCGUCUGAACUCUUCAUAUAUUAUUUUUCUCUCUCUCUCGUGUCUGUGUGUAAUUGCUUUUUAUUUUGCUCUCUGCAGCGCGUGGCGCUCGGUCCGGACGAUGACGGACUACCUUGAGGGCGAUUUUCGCUUUCUCUCCUCCAUCCCAGAAACCCUCCAUCCUUUAGUUCUCAGUUUCUCCAUCCGUCAAUGCCCUUUGGUCUCCCGAGGAGAUCACACAAACACAGCGAGACACAGAGAGCCAAAAGGACACAAGAGCACUCGCUGGGCACAGCUGCUUGCUGCAAACUGGGUUUGUUUUCUCCAAAAGUCUCUUUUCGUCUCUUAAGCCCUCAAUCGAUCUACUUUGGGCAAUAAUCAGUAGUUCUGAAUAAAACAACGUAAACCCAUUCUUGCUGUCUGUAGCAAUAGUAAGCAUUUCUGCUUAAUGAUGACUAACCCUGUAGUUCAUCACUGUACUGUAGUCGCUAACCCUCAGUGGCUCCUCCCACUGUGUUUGUGUCGUAAUUCCUUUCAGUAGAAAUACUGUUUGUGCUAAGCUAUGACCAUAACACACACAUUGUCAGAAAAAUGAUGCAAAAGUUGUCACUGUGGUGGUCCUAAUAUGUACCAUUUAGGUACAAGUUGUACUUUUUACGGUACUACCCUAGUGACAGCUUUUAUACAAUUUUUCUGAGAGUGUAUUGAAUUUUGGGUAAUUCAUUCUGUCAGAAUGUAAAGAAAUAGGACGAAAAGAGGACGGGGAGGAAUACAAAUAUGCACGCACUCUACUAAAACCAAUCCCACUAUGCAUACAAAUGUAUUUUGCAUUAUAAUUUGAGGUUAUGCAUGCAAACAAUACCCCAUAAAACAAAGCUCACUAUUCGUAAUAUCGUUCAAUAUACUUCCAGUAUACUUUCAUACCAAGUCUUCCAUAUUUACUGACGUCAGGUCUUUUUCAAAGAACUGCAUUUACUAUCUGAUGAUAAACGCUUUCACAUCCCAAUGCAUAUUUCCAUAAACGUUUAUUUCACCAGCACUGGGUCUUCCAUGCUUCCAAAAAAUAGGACCAACUCAAAUCUUCCUUUUCAUCUCCACAAAUUUAACUCAGGACAUCGGUUUACGAAUACAAUCUUUAUAGAUACGGUAGCCAGGGUUGACAAUGGCUAAAAAGCUGUUUGUUCAUAUCUUAAAACCAGAUCUCUCGCACAAACGAAAUUGCGUCCUCUCCUCCCCUACACUCGUCAUGCAUCAGAUAAAACUCUUUAGCAUUUAGCAUAUUGACAACAAGGCACUGCCUGCCAUAUUGCACGGCUUAAUGGCGUGAUAGAUUAUAGUCGUAGAUCAAAGCAUUGCUCCAAACCGUCAUCUGCUUAACAAGUGGCACAGGAAAUGAUGAGUGUCUGAAUAUAUACACUUCCUGUACAUCUAGUAUUGUCUCCGCAAGAUGAAUGAAUGCUUGGUUAUUUCUGCGACACUAGCUGGUUGACUGAUUGGACAGCUGUAUGGAAAAUGAAACAACUUAACCGGCUAAAGGUUGUUUGCUGGUCUUAGUAUGCACCCAAGCUGUGAAGGGUGGUACUUGGUGUUUUGAAGACCCUCUUGGUCAAGCUAAACCAGCUUAAAGGGAUAGUUCACCUCAAAAUGAAAUGUUGUCAAAAUAUCUUUAUUUGUGUUGAACAGAAGAAAGAAACUCAUACCAUAACAUGAGAGUGAGUAAAUGAUGACAGAAUUUGUAUUUUUGGGUGACCUAUCCCUUUAAAGGGGACAUUUCACAAGACUUUUUUAAGAUGUCAAAUAAAUCUUUGGCGUCCCUAGAGUACAUAUAUGAAGUUUUAGCUCAAAAUAUCAUAUAGAUAAUUUAUUAUAACAUGUUAAAAUUGUCCUUUUGUAGGUGUGUGCAAAAAUGUGCCGUUUUGGGUCUGUCCUUUUAAGAGUUGAUCUCUGUACUAAAUGGCAGUGGAGUGGUUGGAUAGUGCAGAUUAAGGGGUGGUAUUAUCCCCUUCUGACAUCACAAGGGGAGCCAUAUUUCAAUUACUUUUUUUCUGCAUGCUUGCAAAGAAUGGUUUAUCAAAACUAAGUAACUGGCUCUUUUUCACGUUGUCUAGGUUGAUAAAAGCUCUGGGGACCCAAUUAUAGCACUUAAACAUGGAAAAAGUCUGAUUUUCAUGAUAUGUCCCCUUUAAGCCGGAUCAUCAUUUCACCUUAUGCUGGUUUAAUAUGUUUCAUGAGGAAUUAAAUGUUGGUAUGCGGUCAUAUGUGAAUGUUUGUUUGGUUAGAUAGACUAGUGUGACCCCUAAAGGGGGCAGUCUGGUACGUGGAGGUGUUUGUUUCUGCCCAACAAAGAUGGUUCAGAGCUAACAGGCCUAUUGUCGCCACUGUUAUCAGUCUCCUUAUCAUUUUUUUAACAUGACUGUUUAUGUUUCAGUAUAUAGAGUACUAGUUCUGAAAAUGUGAAACACUUUAGUUUUUGAUUCGAAUGAAUCUCAGACUAGCAAUACAGGGUAAGCACUGCUUCACGUGUUUUUAUAGACUGCAGUGUGAAUCAUAAAUUAUUUUACGAUCACUCUCGGUUAAGAGGCGUUAUGCACAUCGGUUAUUUUUCCCAACCCCGACGUCAUCAUUGUUAUCAGGUGCUGUUCUAGAGUUAGCUCAAUAAUAAAAAAAAAACAUUUUUAUGGGAAACUUUCUCGCAUUGAGCUCUCUAGCCUUCAAGGUUUCUACAAACACUUAACGCGUUACAAUUUAGUACGUGUGGGACUCGUAGUCGAUAAAUACGUGUUUUAAAAUUGAUAUGGUCCUGGCAAAGGCUUUUAGACCCUUCAGAAACUGAUUCUCUGCCUCUAUAGAUAAUAAUCUGAGCUUUGUGACCGUCGUCCAUCAUUCUUACUCUAUGCAUAUGUAAUGGCGAGUCCUGCCUUCAGCACUGCAAGGACCCGCCGCGCUGCUCCUUCACCCCAUCCACUGUGACUAACAUCCGUGAUGUCUGUAACCCCUCCUCAUCACUGUCUACCCCGCCAUUCCCAUCAGCCCAACAAGUAGGACAUUGCUUUCCAAAGGGCUAACUUUCUCUCACAACAGACGGCACACUGGAUAAAUGAGCUGAAACCUCUCCUGAAACAGUGCUACUUGUUUUUGGACUGAUCCUCCGCAACAUUCCCUAUUUGUUUUUUGUUUUUCCUAACCUAUGGACCUCAAUUUUGAUUUCCCCUACGAGAUCAUGUUGACAUGAUGUUUAUUACUUGAACUGUACGCUGCGUAGGUAUUCAAUUUCAGGAGAGGGUCUGUCAUUCCCGUCAGUUGAGGACGCCGUGGUCAUUUCGUAAACUGUAUCGGAGACAUUUUGUACUCUGUUUGUUGCACAAACUUUUUUUCAAGAAGCCUUCUGCACUGUGUAUAUGGUUACAUAGGAUGGGGAAAGGGUGAACGUUGCAGUCCGAAUUGUAAAUAUGUUUUCAUAUAACGAAACUUUUGAUAAAGUUUUAAACGUUUCUUGUAAAAAGAAGAAAAUUGUGUAUAUUAGUCUCCUGGAUGAGAAAGAGCGUAGGCCGUAUAUGAAUUUAUGGUAUUUGUACUCGAGAGCACUGGAUUUCUUUACUACUUGAUUGUAACUAAAAUGAAUAAUCUGCCAAAGUGUUUUCAUAUUUUAAUUUUGUGUUUGCUUUUUAACAUAGGGUGUUUAA